CUAGCUGUCCCACUUCCUCCCAGAAACAGGAACCGAACCAGCAGGAGUGGUCCUGGGUUGGCGACGCAACAGGCGGCAGCAGCGGCAACUUGUUUACACACCUUGGCGCUUGUUUGCUGCGGAACUUGCCUCUCACCUCGCGCUGUCGUGCAGGGAGGGAAAGGGAAAGGGGAAAGCUGCGGUUCUUUGGCUGCUCUCCGCAGCUGGGCAAACGGCACACAGUAUCAAAACAAUACGUGUCAGCAGGAACGUUUGACCGCCGCCUCCGUCGCUGCUGUGGCUCUUGCCGCGGGAUUAAGCCAGCUAAAUUAUUCACGAUCGUCUCUGGCCAGAGCCAGACAAUGCCCGCCGUCGACAAACUUCGCCUGGAAGAGGCUUUGCAGGAUAGUCCGCAGACUCGCUCUUUGCUAAGUGUGUUUGAAGAAGAUGCAGGGACACUUACGGACUACACCAACCAGUUGCUUCAAGCAAUGCAGCGGGUCUAUGGAGCUCAGAAUGAAAUGUGCCUGGCAACACAACAGCUCUCCAAGCAGCUCCUUGCAUAUGAAAAACAGAACUUUGCCCUGGGUAAAGGAGAUGAAGAAGUGAUAUCCACCCUUCAGUACUUCUCCCAAGUUGUGGACGAGCUUAACCUCCUACAUACCGAAUUGGCCAAACAGCUGGCAGACACGAUGGUCCUCCCCAUUAUCCAGUUUCGUGAAAAAGAUCUUACAGAAGUAAGCACUUUAAAGGACCUCUUUGGCCUUGCUAGCAAUGAACAUGAUGUUUCCAUGGCAAAGUACAGCCGGUUACCUAAAAAAAGAGAAAAUGAAAAGCUGAAGGCAGAAGUUGCAAAAGAGGUGGCCAGUGCCCGGAGGAAGCAGCAUCUCUCAUCACUGCAGUAUUACUGUGCCUUGAACGCGUUGCAGUACCGCAAGAGGAUUGCCAUGAUGGAGCCCAUGCUGGGAUACACGCGCUCACAGAUUAAGUUUUUUAAGAAGGGAGCAGAGAUGUUUUCCAAGAAAAUGGACAGCUUUUUGUCAUCGGUUUCAAACAUGGUUCAAAGCGUACAGGAAGAAUUGGAUGCUGAGGCUGAAGCCAUGCGGGUGUCUCAACAGGAUCUGCUUUCAGUUGGCGAAUCUGUAUACACGCCUGAUUUUGAUGUGGCCUCACCUCUCAUCAACAGAAACCUCAUUCAGAAGGCUGGUUACCUAAACCUUAGGAAUAAAACAGGCCUAGUGACUACAACAUGGGACCGGCUGUACUUCUUCACUCAAGGUGGAAACCUGAUGUGUCAGCCCAGGGGAGCUGUAGCUGGGGGACUGAUCCAAGAUCUGGACAACUGUUCUGUGAUGGCAGUCGAUUGUGAAGACCGACGAUACUGCUUUCAGAUUACCACUCCAACAGGGAAACUGGGCAUAACCCUUCAAGCAGAAAGCAAAAAAGAGUACGAGGAGUGGAUAUGUGCAAUCAACAACAUCUCCCGGCAGAUCUAUCUUACUGACAAUCCUGAGGCAGUUGCCAUCAAGUUAAAUCAGACAGCACUACAGGCCGUGACCCCAGUCACAAGCUUUGGGAAGAAACAGGAACCUCCGUGCCCCAGCCAGGAUGUGAAGAAUGUGGAGAUGCAGAAUGACAGGCCAGUUCCAAACGAGCCUGCCAGCAUUCCAGAGUCCGUCGAGUUAAUUGCCCCAGGAACACCCAUUCAGUUUGACAUUGUGCUUCCUGCAACAGAGUUCCUGGAUCAGAACCGGGGUGGCAGGCGCACAAACCCAUUUGGAGAGUCUGAAGAUGGCAAGAAAGAGGAUGAGUCUGAUUCACUCUUGAAGCAGAUGUUUGUUGUUCGAUUCCUGGGAUCGAUGGCUGUCAAAUCUGAUCACACUGUCGAGGUGAUCUACGAAGCAAUGAGGCAGGUGCUGGCAGCUCGGGCCAUUCACAACAUCUUCCGUACAACAGAAUCACACCUCUUGGUCACCAGCAAUGACCUGAAAUUAAUAGAUCCUCAAACUCAAGUUACAAGAACAAGUUUUGAGCUUGCCAGUGUGACACAGUUUGCUGCUCAUCAAGAGAACAAGAGGCUGAUUGGGUUUGUAGUGUGCAUCUCGGAGUCUCCAGGUGAAGAUUCUAUCAGUGCAUAUGUAUUUGAGAGCAACACUGAAGGAGAAAAGAUCUGCUAUGCAAUAAGCCUGGGGAAGGAAAUAAUCGCGGCUCGGAAGGAUCCAGAAGCACUAGCUCAGUUAAUGUCAUCCAUGCCGUUGACUAACGACGGAAAGUUCAUGCUGUUGAACGAGCAGUCAGAAGAGGACAACGCCGAGCAUGGAGAUGGGCAGGAGGAGUCGGAAGCAUAAGUUUUAACUUCUUUGAGGAGGUGGUGUUACACAUAAUAGGCCAAAUUCUGUGCUCUCAGCUAUGAUCCAACAUGAAUGGAUUUCUAGUGAGAGUAUAGGAGGAGAACUUGGCCUGCAUCUUUUGGUGUGGUAACCUGACAACCUUUGAAGUUCUUCAGACAAUCAGCAUACGGUCACCUGCUGCUGGCAUCUAGGAAAGCCUGAUGACCACCAGCAAAGUUUUAAUGCAAAGCAUAAAUGCACAAAGGCUGUUCUUGAGAUGCUGAAUUACCUUUAUGCCCUAUGUAGGAAUCCAGCAAAUCUGAAAGACCAUCUUCUAGCUUCAGAGCUCUCCAUUCCUUGCAUUGAUGUAUGACACACUUCCAACUGAAGUUGCAUCAUAAUUUUACAGGAGGGGAAGCGGCAGCACUGAGGCUUUCCAUCCAUUUUAAGUCUAUCCUCUUAGCUGUAAGGCAUAGAAAUUUGAGGUUCGAGAAGCUGAAUUUUGCCCUCUGUACCAGAUGCCUAGAAGAUGCACAGCCCUAAUGAAUACUUUUGUUUCCACAGUUUAGUGAUGCAUCUCAGUAACAGUUAAAAGUAGUACGUUAUUUGCUUUUACAUGAAGUUGUUCUAAGGCUCCGGUGUACUUUUUUAAAAGGAUAACACUAUUUUGAGCUAGGCUGUUUACAAAACUAUUUGAUAAACACUACUUUCCUAUUAAUCUAUUUUUAUACUUUAUCAGGAGUAAGCUUUCAAUAUUAAUCGAAGUGCCUACCUUUUUUGUGGGGUCCAUACUUGUAGAUUCUGUAACCCUGUGGAGUAACACACAGAUCAGAAGCUAUGCAUCAACUCCACUGGAAGUCUGUUAACCCUAGUGAGAGGAUAAUAGUUUCUUCUGGACAAAUUACUAUUUGGAUGGGUUAAAGAGGCUAGUACAGGGGGUGGUGAAUUUUUUUGCACUGCGUUGCAAAGUUGGGUUAAUGCCCCUUAGAUUUUAAUUCUCCAGAAAGAAAGGAUGUAUUUAAAACUCAGAUGCAGGCAGCCUGGAGAGAAAAGCACUUCUGCACUUAGCACAGCAGGCCAGAGAAACCUGUUUCUUCCGAGGACAUGCUAAGCAUACUAGUCUAAGAUCUUACAAUGUAUUGUUGUUGUUCCUGGCCAGCACCGCCAUCUUGGAACAAUUUCUUCUCUGUUUACUAGAUAUUCUAAAUUCAAGUAACAUACAAGAACAGCCAGAUCUAAUGAAGAAGUUCACCUGAUUUUUCUCUGAAUUUUUAUAUAAAUGUUAUGUGUUUCAAUGUUAAAGCAAGGCCCACAUCUUACAAUGCAAAUGUUUGGCAAUAAGGCUAGAUUAAAAUCUUAUUUGAACUACA